AUGUCUUUUGUUGAGUCCGUUAUCGAGCUCCUUCUCAAAAAACUAGCUGAACCACUCGUUCGAGAAGCCCUUUUCUUAUCUGGGGUUCGCAAUCAAGUCGAACUGCUCGUGUUAGAAUUUGAGCAGAUGGAAUCCUUCUUGGAAGAUGCAGACGCCAAGCAAGAAGGAGAUAGAAGAGUGAAAAGAUGGGUGCAGCACGUGAGAGAUGUUGCAUAUGAUGCUGAGGACGUCAUCGACGCCUUAGUUCUCAAAAUGGCAACCUCUAGGCGAAAAUGCUUCAUCAGAAGGUACGCUUGCAUCUUCAAUAACUUGAUAGAUCUCCAUCAAGUAGGGUCGGAGAUCCAACGGAUAAACGGUAAAAUCCAUAGGAUCUCCGAAUCUAAGUUGACUUAUGGAAUUGAAAAUAUAGGCCAGGGAGUAGGGACAAGCUCUUCAGGUCUAAGCCUUCAAGAAAAGAGGCUUACUUCUCCUAAUGCUCAAGAACCAGAUUUUGUCGGUUUUGAGAAGGAUCUGAAGGCAUUGGUCUGGCGGUUGACUGAUGAAGGAGAGGUCCGACGUUCUGUGAUUUCUGUAGUGGGUAUGGGUGGUCUCGGUAAGACCACUCUUACAAGGAGGCUCUAUAACACUGAUAGUGUUAAGAAACAUUUCCAAACUCAUGCAUGGAUUUCUGUUUCACAACAGUUUGCUGCAAGAGAUGUUUUGCUGUCUCUCACAAAACAAUAUAUGGCGGUUACUAAAGAGAUAAGGAAAAUGAAUGUUAUUGAGCUAGCAGACAAUAUCUCCAAGCAUCUCGAUAACAAGAGAUACUUGGUGGUAUUGGAUGAUGUAUGGACAUAUGAAGCAUGGGAUGCUUUGAAGAUUGCAUUUCCAGAAAAGAUGAAUGGAAGUAGGAUUGUGCUUACUACACGAAACAAAGACGUGGCUUUACAUGCAGAUGCACAAAGCAAGCCCCAUGAACUGAGAUUUCUAAAUGAUGAUGAGAGAUGGGAAUUAUUCUGCAAGAAAACAUUUCCAGGGCAAAAUAACAUUUGCCCUACAAAUUUGCAGAAAUUGGGAAGAGAGAUUGUUGGCAAGUGUCAAGGUUUACCUCUUGCCAUUGUUGUGGUUGGAGGUCUCUUAUCAAGAAAAUUAGAAGAAAGAGAGUGGGAGAAUGUACAGAAAAGCAUUAGCUGGCAGCUAGUCAAGGGAGAAUAUCGAAUUUCUGAUAUAUUAUCAUUGAGCUAUAAAGAUCUUCCUUAUUACUUAAAACCAUGUUUUCUUUACCUGGGCAUUUUUCCAGAGGACCACGAGUUCCUCGUUAAGGAAUUGAUUCAGAUGUGGGCUGCAGAAGGGUUUCUUCAAGAGAGAGGGGAAGAAACAUUAGAAGAGGUUGGAGAAGAAUGUUUAAAAGAGUUAAUUCAGAGAAGUAUGGUUAAAGUCUCGAAAACAAGUUCAAGCGGUGGUAUUAAAAGUUGUUCCAUCCAUGAUCUUUUGCGAGAUCUCUCCAUAUCAGAAGCCAAAGAAGGUAUGUUUCUCCAUGUUCAUCGCGCGAGUGGGAAUGCAAUUAAUACUCCUGCAUUUCCACCUCCUACAGCCCGUCGACUUUCAAUUCACCAUGAUGUAACAAGUCAGUACAUUUCCUCAGGCCAUUCCACUCCACACCUUCGUUCUCUUUUGAUAUACACCCAAGACCGUGGAUGGGUUGAAAAGAAACAAGAGAAGUUUCUCUUCAGAACAUUCAUGUUGCUUAGGGUGCUAUAUCUACAAGGUACAUUCAUAAAAAUUCUACCAAGAGCAAUAGGUGAACUAAUCCACUUGAGAUAUCUUGGAUGUUCCUACACCUCUUUAAAAAGCCUCCCAUCUUCGAUAGGCAAUCUUCCCAAUUUACAAACUCUAUCUGUUGCAUCUUCUUCUUAUAUCAUUGAAGUACCAAGCACAAUCAGGAAGAUGAAACAAUUAAGACAUCUUCAAGUGAAGGGAAUCCAGCAAGAUAGAUGUUGGGGAAUGAUCAAAGGGCAUCCAAAGCUUGAGCGGAUAAGUAACCUUCAGACUCUAUCAUUUAUAAAGUCUGGGAAAUGGAUGAAGGGUUGUUUUGGAAAGCUCACCCAUCUUAGAAAAAUAGGAAUAUGUUUAGAAACAAGAGCACAUGCUAAAGUAUUCUAUGAUUCGGUUGUGAAAUUGUACUCACUCCAGUCUCUGUCAGUAGAGUCAGUCAAACAUACAUUGUCGUUACCUCCUCUUUCACAUCUUCUCAAGUUAUGUAAGUUGCGUUUGUGUGGAAAGUUACGUAAGUUACCUGAGUCAAAUGAAUUCCCAACAAACCUCACCAAGCUCACUUUGGAUGGCUCCUCCUUAAAAGAAGAUCCAAUAGCUACGUUGGAGAAGCUGAAAAACCUUCAGAUUCUCAGAUUGCAUCAGAAAUCAUAUCUGGGAAAGAAAAUUACUUGCUCUAAAGAAGGAUUUCCUCGACUCAAGUCCUUAAAUCUUCAAUCUUUACAUAAAUUUGAGGAGUGGAUAUUGGAGGAAGGAGCUAUGCCAAGUCUUUUACAUUUACGUAUCAAUUACUGCAAUCAACUGAAGAAGCUUCCAGAAGGAAUGAAACCUACCCUCAAGAAAUUGGAAUUAUUGUGGAUGCCCGAUAAAUUCAAAGAAAGGGUUCGAGAAGGGGGAGAGGAUUGGGAUAAAAUUCAGCAAAUACCCUCCAUCCAGAUAAGCAAUUAGGAGAAGCUACUUGGCACGUGGGAGGGGGUCGGACGUGACGUAGAGAAUGGGCGUGAAUAAAAAAUUAUUUCCCUUUUAUGGCUUCUUUGUUGGAUUCGUCAUGUAUGAAUGAUGUGAGAUACUCGUAUGAGCUUUCAAACGGUGGCAUGAUGAUGUGUGUAGUCUUUUUUUUUUUUUUUCUUGGUUUGACUUCUAAUCUUCAAGACUUCAAUGUAAUAAGUGGAUUUUGUAAUGCUUGAAAUCUAUUACUUUACUUAUAUUUGGAUGUAACAUGCUUAUUCAAAGUGAAAACAGUUCUUUAAGAGUGUAGGAUCGGGAGGAGGUCCACAAUGCUUCAUCUGGAGUUUAAAUGGGUGGAUGAUCAAAGCUGCUCAUUAGGACAUUGAUCGACAGAUUAGGAGCUUCAAUCAAAAAAUUGUUUCAAGCAUCUUCUAUCUAUAUUAGAGCCACUCAAACAUAUAGUCUGGAUCUCCAAACUACUACAGCUCCAAUUGCACAGAAUGCUCACACAAGGACAUUUCAAUCAAACAGAUAGGAACUCAUUCUUCCUCCUAUUUUAUCCUUGACUAGUUUUAAAGAGAGACGUGAUGACCUACACUUGUGAAGUGAUAAGAUCGAUGUGGAUGGUGGCACGGGAGUCUAUUUUCCUCUAGUUGUGCGUUUUCACAUAAAUGGCAGUGAGAUGUUUUGAUGACAUAGUUUUCAAAUUGCAUCACAAAGACAUCUACAGCUUUUGCUACCUAUCUUUCAACAUGCUACAAUUUGCUAUUAUUCGUUAAUAUACGUACUGUAUUUCAAUUUACAUCUUCUCAAGUCAUGUAAAUUAUAUUUUUAUGGAAAGUUAAAAAAGCUAUCCGGUUUUGUAAAUUCCCAUCAAACCUCACCAACCCUACCUUGGAACGGUCCUAUUUGGAACUCAGCCCAUCACUUUUUAGGUUGUAGUGCAAAUGGUAGAACGGCACUUUUGAUUUCAUUUAUAGGAGAAGCUAUGUUGGCACCUCUGAGGUAACUUGAUAUCUAUAAUAUUUGAUUUGUCUUUCUGUAUCUAUGUUUGGAUGUAAUAAACCUUUUCAAAGUAGAAGCAAUUUUCCCCAGUCCAGGCUCAGGGUCCACCAAUGCUUGACCAGAGAGUUUGUAUAGAUGUAAAUGAUCAAAGCUGCUAAUCAGCUAUAGCCCAAUGUAUAACUACCCUGGCACAAGUUGUACAUGCUACUCUGAUAAUGUGAUGGAGUACCAUCCAUGCAGGAUGAGUGUGGACCAUCAAUUUCUAUUGUCUAUAUCUAGGCCACCUGAUUUGCGGUCGGUCUGAUUCCUCAACCAAGGUAUUAUAAAUUUUAGGUGAGCUUUACCUUCUUCCCUAAACAAUUGAUGUAUAUUUUUUAACCCUCUAUUUGUAGGAUAUUGAUUGAGGGAUUAGGAGCUUCAAUCUCUGUAUGAAUUUUGGAGCAUCUUCCAUCCAAGGGAGGGCCUAUCAGACCUAUAGUUUGGAUUUUCCUACCGCAUCGCUAGCUGCAUGGACUGCGGCACCUAGACACAUACACCCUCCUGUUUAUACUUAAUGUAAGUAUAUACUUGGAAUGCUUUAAGAGAUUUAAGCAAGCAAAUUGGAUCAUGUAGUUAUUUAGUUUUUAUCCGCGGAUUGACUUCUAGGCUCUUUCUUUCAGAUGAUAG